UAUUGAGCAUAAUGACUGGCGGUUUGUGUUAGAAAUUUAGAGAAAUUAUGAUCAAAAAGAAGGAGUUUCAAAUUUAUUGAUUGCCAUGUUAAGCUCAACGCAUGCGCGAUGGCUAUGUUCAGUUGCUGCAGAUCAAUCGUGCGUGUUAGAUGUCUUUCAAUUGGAAAAAUAAAUAAAAUAAAUUAAGAAAUUCUGGAAAGUUUUGUUGUAAAUUUCAAAAUGUCUUCUAGAUACAAAUUUGGUUUCGGUAUAAUUUAUUUUGUGAAUAUAAUUGUUGCAGCGUUCGGUUUAUUUGAACAGUGCAACCAUACUCUAGACUUAAAGGCUGGCCAUAAGAUAUUUAUAAACUCACCUUUCUAUCCAAACACAUAUCCGGCUGGCACUUCCUGUCGUUAUACGCUCAGGGCGCCAACGGAUUACCAAUUGAACUUCAAGUGCGACAUCGAUAUAAAUAUGUUGAGUGAGCGUUGUUAUGAUGAGAUUUUCUACUUCAACCGUGAAGGAAGCGAACUUUUAUCCGGUUCGGAGUAUUUUUGUGGCCGCGGCAGUAUGACAAGGAGGAGCUUUCUCAACCGCGCUGUGAUUUCAUAUAUUUCCACGCGUCCGCUGCUCAGGCUGAUGGGUAUCGGUGUGAAAGGUGUCACAAUUGCUGGAGUACAGACGGCCGUAACGCCAACAACAGCAACCACUGCGGGAGCAGCAGCAGUCGGUGCAUUGAACAGUACAGCAGCAACACUGAAUUUGUUCAAUCCAUCGAAUGUACAGAAAAAUCAAAACAAAAACAAGAAUAAGAACAAGAAUAAAAAGAAAAGGCCAAAUGGCACUAAUGUCAUUAGGAAUCAUGGCUUAACCACAACAAUCCGCCCAUCAGUGUCGGCUGGUAUUAACAACGCCUUCGCCUAUUUGGCUACGCUGCUCUCCAGCAGCAUAGAGACGAGCGUUUUUAUAGCGCCAUCCACGCAAACAAUCCACACAAAUGCGAAACGCAAAAAUCACCGACGAAGGGCGACGAAGCCAACACAGAAAGUUGUCACAACAGCGGCCGACUCAGAUCUGUUGUACUUCUCUCCACAUCCACUGUAUAACUUUGGCGGCCGAAACGGCUCUAAUCCAUUGCCGGUCGCUACCACUACAGAGCAAAUAUCAGAAGACUUCUUCAGGGCCUAUCAGUUGAACCCGAAGCGCGAGUCUUUGGAAGAACGUGACUACCGCAUUUUAUCAAAUUCACCAAAUUAUAAUGGCUAUGCGGAUGGUGCAGGAAAUGGGCGCUUCUCCUGUUUGGUGGAAGCGGUUGAGUCACAGUGCGACUGUGGCUGGAGCACACAUACGCUGAAGGUGGUCAGCGCGUCUGGUGUAGCUGGCCUUAAUGAGUACUCCUCCAUGGCCGGUGUAUUAACGGUGAAUUAUGGCAAGAUUUUCUGUGGCGCGGUGAUAAUUCAUCACCGGUUUUUGCUGUCCGCCGCCCAUUGUUUUAUAUCUGCUGCCACAAGUCGAUCGGAUUUGAUACAGGUGGUUGUCGGCGAACACGAUUUCUCAACAGUGCUUGAAUCGGCUUACACGCAAUACUACAAAAUUGACACGAUUAUACUACACGAACACUUCCGCGCCACUGCCGAACUUGUGCGCAAUGAUAUCGCACUGUUGCGCACAAGUAAAACGAUCGAGUGGAACCGGGGCGUAGCGCCGGCAUGUCUGCCCUUUCGUUCUAUCAGCGGCACAUAUGGUGAGCGCAAGCCACCUAUAGCAGGGCAGCGCGUGGAGACUGCAGGUUGGGGCAGCAUUUCAUUUGGUGGUCCGCAAUCUUCGCUGCUGCUCGCCGCCCGACUGGAUGUCAUUAGCGCUGAGGAGUGUCGUAGAUCAUUGGGCGCUCUUCCAGCUGCCACUUUCUGCACCUACACACCGGGUAGGGAUACUUGUCAGUAUGACUCAGGUGGUGGGCUUUAUUUGCGCGAGGGGGGACGCCUCUUUGUGGUGGGUAUUGUGAGUUAUGGAUAUGGUUGCGCAGCGCGGCAGCCUUCGGUGAAUACGAAAGUGGCCUCUCAUAUUCGUUGGAUUAAGGAUAAUACCGCGCCGGUGACAUAUUGCGUCAGAUAGGCGGCAAUAUCGCGAAUAUUAUAUUGUUUAUUCAUAAUUAUAAAUACAGC